GGAAUUAGGAUGGGCAAGGUUAUCUUGGAGUGGAACCUAUAUAAGUCGCCCUCAGCUCCGACUCUGUCUCCAGCGUCGUCUACUACUACGAUCAGCAGCCAUGAAAUUCGCCCUUCUCAUCCUCGUGCUCCUGCCCCUGGUUUACUGUGACCUGGUCGACCAGUUCAAACACUUGUUUGACUUGGGAGAGCUUAAGUCCGUUGUCCAGAAGAUUGCUGACACCGUUGGAUCUGACGCCACCGAGGUCGUCUGUGAGAAUGAGUGCACCGCCAUCCUGCACAACAAUGCGCUUCUCACCAGCGGUUGCGACCUCAUCUGCAAGUCCUUCCAGUCCCUUGUUCAGCGGUUCCACAUCGCCUAGACAGAGUGAUGUAAAAGACGAAUCGGGAAAUAAAUGUCAGGAUAUCUGAA